GUGAGUGGCCGAUGAUCGGCAAAACUUUCGCCGUAAUUUGCAACUUUUGCCCUCCUAGCUGAGUCUUUUAAUUACCAUUUUAACUGAGUGUGUAGUAUGAUCGAAUAUAAUGAAAUCCUCAAAAUGAAAUGAACAAGUCACAUCCGUGAAAACAGCGAAGGUGAAACUUAAUCAAGAAGCAUGACAGAUCAACAAGUACUUGAGAGGAGAAAGAUAGUGACUAAUGCGCUGUUCAAACAGUAUGAUACAGAAGGAGUUGGGGAGCUUACUCCAAUUCAGCUGCAGAGUGUGCAUGCAAACUUACGCCAUGGGGGAAUAAGUCUAGCGCAGAUAAGAGCAGCUAUGGACUAUUGCUGCAUUACUGAUGUGUGUGAACCCAGUGAAUUGUUUAGCAUGCUGCAAGAGAUGGAUAGACGCUACUUCCUACUCAAGGAUUUCCGCUGGGAGUUUUCAAUCUUAGAUCGGAAUCAGCAAGACUUCAUCACAGAAGAUCAGGCCAGGUUUAUGCUGGAAGCAGUCCACGGAAAACUAUUCUCAAAGUACCGCUGGGAAAAAUUUGUCAAAAGUCGCCUGGUACCCGGCAGUGGUGUGAGCUUCACAGAGAUCGAGGUUGAUCUUUGUAACAUUCCUAGCCAAGAAGAUUUAGCAAAUACAGAGAACGAAGAAAGGAGGCAGAAAGAAGAAAGGGCCAAACAAAAUGAGAAGAAGAAACAGGCAGAGGACAAGGCUCGACGGGAAAGGCUUGCCAAGAUGGAGGCAGAGCGGCUUGCAAAAGAGGAAGAAGACAGAAAGAAGAAAGCCAAAAAGAAGGAAGACGAGGAUCAAUUGAUGAAGGAGAGGGAGGAAGACCAACGGAGGAAACAAGAAGAAGCACUGGGCAAGAAAGAAGCAGAUGAUCGGGAGAAAGAGGAGGAGAAACGACGGCGCCUCAAGCUUGAAGAGUUGGAGCGAGAGAGGCAGCGAGAACUGGAGAUCAUUGAGGUUCAGCAAGCCCUUGAGGCUCAGAAGGAGCUUGAGAGGAAGGCUAGAGAGCUUGAAGAACAGGAAAAGAAGGAACAGGAGAUGGCUAAGAAUGUGGAGGAAGAAGCUGAGCUUGCAGCUGCCAGGGAGAUAGAGGCUGAGGAGGAGGCUAAGCGAGCCAAGGAGGCCAUCAAGAAUGCUACGGAUGCAGCUUCUAAGAAGGCUGCAGAAGAGGCAGAGAAAACAGCCAAAGAGAAAGCAAAACGUGAACGAAAUGAUCGUAUCCGCAAGGAUCUCAAAGUGGCAAUAAAGAAGAAAGAUCGAACCCUGCUCAACAAGUCUGUGUCAGAGUUCAAGAAGGCCAAGCUUGCUGACACAGAAGGUGACCUACACAAAGCAGAGAGAAUACUGACACAGAUGAAAGCAAAAGAAAAUCUCAUCAAAGCCAUGGAACUUCGCAACCUGGAAGAGCUUGAGAAAGCCAUCAACUUUGUCAAGAAGAACUCCAUGGAGGCCCACAUGCCCCAGGAGAUGAUACGAGCCAACAAGCUUCUCCUGAAUCUCAAACGUCUCAAACGUCUUAAAGAUGAGAUUCUCAACCUGAAGCAGAGCACUGUGGCUGAGAUUCGCAGCUACAACAAACCCCCAAGGGCUGUCCACAUGGUCAUGAUUGGCACUUAUUUGUUGCUAGGCAACAAGGAAAACACUCUGAAGGACUGGAAAGGAAUGCAGGCUCUUGUUGGCAAAACAGGCAAGGAAGGACUGAAACGGCACGUCUUACAGUGUGAUCCCAGCAAGAUUCCUUUAUCAACAGCCAGACGAGCAAAUGAACUCCUUAAAGAGUUUGAUCUUGAGCAAGUCAGGGGUGUCAGUGCUGGUGCUGCAGUGUUUUUUGCUUGGUCUUUUGCUACCAUUGAAGAAGUUGAAGACAUAGAGAGACAGAAGCAGGAGGGCAUUGAGCCAACUACCCAUAAAGGAGGUCCAAAGACACUCAAGCAUGAACUGCAGUCUGGGAAGCUUACAAUCACAAUAUAGUAGGUUCCACUUUGAAAUUAAGUAAUCUUUUUUCCAAAAGCUCAUCCAAAUCCAAUACCAGCUGCGCUUUUAUGUGUUGCAAGUGCUUUCAUGUUCUCUUUGUGUAGAAUUAUUGUAUUUUAGAUAAUAAAGAAAAUACAGUUCACGUUUAUUUUUUGACAUAGCUCAAAUGGUAAUCAACCAAAACAAUUUUAUAAUUUAUUUUUUAUAAAUAACAUGUUAUUUUUUUGUAAAUUUUGGAGCAAGAGAUAUCUGUGUAAUUAUAAAUGACUUUUGUAAUUUUUUAAAGAUUUUCCGUCCAUAGAUUUUGUACAGAGGCAUUUUUAAAUAGUACAGUCCAAUAAAUCCCACCAACAGUAGAAACUAUCUUGUCAUACUCUACCCUACAAUCCUAAAACCCUGCACUCUGCAAAAUUUAAAUAGUUUACACUUCCCAAGUGGUAUAAUUCUUGACAAUAUUUACACUAGUAUUGAUUCACACUUCCAAUUUUGGUCAGCCAAUGAGAACAAUGUACUUAGUUGUGGGCCUGAUUUCAUAGACCUGGGCAAACAGAAAAUAUUGCCCAACAACUCUCUGCUAAGCAGAAAUUAGCAGGAU